AUUUGUUUUACAUGAAAAAUGAAUUGGACUGGUAGUAAAAGGUACACAAAGUAUAAAAAUCAUCUCAUGGCUGCCAUAGCAAAAAUAUAGAAAUAAAAUACCAGGCAACAGUGUAAAACCACUAAAGCACCGUACCUUAUUUUCAAGCCUCAAACAGACUUCUUUAGAUAGACAAAGUUCGAUCUAUUGCUUCUCUAUCACCAGUAAUCUUGCCUUUUUUCAACAGUUACAGCAACUAUCUGAAUCUAGUCAUUCUCAUGUGUACAAAAAGAGUGGCGUUGAACCUAAAAAGUUGUACAUUUUUUGAAAAAGUCCUACUUUUUCCUCCUCUCUCUUUUUUCUUUACGAAAUAAAAUGGCACAGUCCAAGCCCUUUCAUAUAAAUGAUUACCCGGUUGUCAUUGGCAUUGACUUUGGUACAACCUUUUCUGGUUGUUCUUACGCAUUUAUACAAAAUGAUGAAGUAGUAGACAUUGUUCGCUGGCCAAAACAAAACAAUAAUGUUUAUCCCAAGGCGCCCACUCUUAAUUUUUACCAAGGCAACACUAAAGAAAUGACACAGUGGGCAAAUGCUGCUCGCUUAGAAAUGCAGCGUCCAAAUUCCCGUAACUCAGUUUUAUUAAAGCAAUAUAAACUUUAUUUGGACGAAAAUAUUGCAAAGGAGCUGCCUCCUCUUCCUAACGGCUUAACCAUUGUUGAAGCAAUAUCUGACUAUCUCCGUGCUUUCCAUGAACAUGUUGUAUCUGAAUUGAAAAAGGGCUUUGCAAAGAACUAUAGCCAACAUCAAUAUAGAUAUUGUUUGACCGUUCCUGCCAUGUGGUCUGAUAAAGCGAAAGCAACUAUGCGUGAAGCCGCUAUUAUGGCUGGGCUGAUAAAGGAAGAUGAUCACCGUGAUAGACUGAUGCUUAUUUCUGAACCUGAAGCUGCUGCCCUUUACUGUGAAAAGAAGUGUGAACAAUUUAAUUUAAAGCAUAAUGAUAGAUUUAUGAUUUGUGAUGCAGGAGGUGGUACUGUCGAUUUAAUCGUUUUUGAAAUUGAUGAGCGUAGCGGAAGAAAGUUACGUGAAUGUACUAAAGGUCAUGGUCAAUCCUGUGGUUCAGUGUUCUUAGAUCGCAGAAUGCGUAAAUUAUUGAAAAAGAAGUUCAAAGAGUACUUGUCUUCCAUUCCAGCUUCUGCUUUUGAAUCAAUGAUGGAUAACUUUGUUGAAUUGAUUAAACCACAAUUUGAUGGCAUAGAAGAUCAAUUUAUCACUUUGCCUGCUUCAAUGAAUUUGGCAUCACUAAACAACCCAGCUAUAGGACUUGAAGAUGGUGUACUUUGUUUAACAGCGGCGGAGUUAAAAAAGGAAGUAUUCGAGCCUGUUAUCAAGGAAGUUCUCAACUUGUGUGAGGAGCAAUUGCAAAAGGCUGGAAGAUUAGAAGCUAUCUUUUUAGUAGGCGGUUUUGGUUCAUCAAAUUAUUUAUUUGAACGCGUUCAACAAGAAUUUGGUUCCCGUGUUGGCCUUGUCGCUGUUCCUCCUCGUUGUGAACUUGCGGUUGUUCGUGGUGCUGUUUACUUUGGCUUAAACCCUCGCAUAGUAACAACACGUAUCCCUCGUUACUGGUACGGUAUUGACACCACUACUACAUUUGAAGAAGGUGUUGAUCCACCAAGCUAUAAGAUUGUUCGUGCUGAUGGUAGCGUGCGCUGUGAUAAUCGUUUCUCAGUUUAUGUUAAAAGAGGACAACCAUUGGAUAUCGAUAACUGUGUCUCAAAAGAUUUCUUUGCUUAUUACCCCCAUCAUACUACCUGUACUUUAUAUGCAGCUGAUACUGAAGAACAGCCUAGGUACACAACAAGUCCAGGUGUACAUAAAGUUGCCAACUUUACUAUUCCCAUGCCUGCUUUAACUGGUGUAAUGGAAGGUGAAAAGGUUGAUUUAACAAUUAAAAUGUAUUUUGGUGAAGUAGAAUUAAGAGUUGAAGCUGUCAUUCGUGGAAAGACAUAUGGAACCACUUGCACCUUUGAUUCCGACUAAGUUUAUACAAAAAAUAAAAAUCAAGGACAAACUCACCUUUAUAAAGAUUGGAAAUAGAAAUAUAUACAUCCUUCUUUAUCUUUUCUUCUUUUAUGUGUGAGAGGUUUAUCAUAUAGUGCAUGUAGUCUGAUAGCUCAGCAAUAUGACCUCCCAUAGCUAGCAACUACUAUUUUAUAAGC